AUGUCGUCGCCGGAAGUGUUGGCCGAAACAGUGAUGAUUACGGAGACAGAAGUGGACACAAGCGCUGAUCACACGUAUUGUGUCAAUGAUAACGAAGAGUACAAACAUUUGCUCAACAAAUACCACACAUUGAGGCGUGACUUCACUCAAUACCAGUCCAUCUGCGGAUCAAUUGAGGACAAAGUGAUGUGUUUUAUGAAUGAAUGCGUUUGCGAUUCAAUCAUCAAAACCGUUCAGAAGGAGGAGAUCUUCAAAUGGUUGGACAAAUUGAAUCGAUUCAAGACAUCGCACGAAGAGUACAUCCAAUUGAGUGAUAGUAAUGCCGGCAUAAGAAGUGCCACAAAGAUUGCCACAAAUGGGUCAAAAAUGAGUGACAAUAAUGAAGAUAACGUACAAAUAUGCGGACAAAACGUGCCAUUAAUAGCGGUUAACGCCAAAGAGGCGGAUCAGUCGACACCACGUUUGGUGAUAAUCGCCUCCAACUCGACGCCAAUCACAGCCGCGAAGAGUGGGACCAAUGAUAACGUAUUGGAGAAAUAUCUGAAUAAUGUUAACUAUAAUUACGAUUAUAUGCCCGGAAUUCCCAAACAAUUCCCGUGUCGUGAAUGCGGACGAGUGUUCGCCACAAGUAAGCAGAGGAAUAAUCACCAGAGAUGUCACCAAAAGCGAGAACAACAGUACAUUUACUGUCAACACUUGUACUGCAAGAAGCGGUUCGUGUCGGCCGACGCCUUCAAGAAGCAUAUGGACCGACAUCUGGGCAUUGAAUGCCAGAGCAGUGACCAAAGGGACACUUCGGGCGCCGAAGAGGAGAGUUAUUUCAAACGCAAAAACAAGAACAAGGAGUACAAGUGUGAGUGGAAGGGCUGCGAGCAGUGGUUUGCGUUGCCGUCGCUUCGCAAACAGCACUACAACUCAGUGCACCUGAAGAUCAAACGCCACAACUGUAUGAUUCCCGGAUGUGUGGCUCAGUUCGUGAAGAAGUACGACCUCGAGUCGCACAUCGGUGUCGAACACGGCUUCAAGUUCUACAAGUGCUCGUGGAAUGGAUGCGACCGCCAGUUCUGGUCGCGAACACUACUGGCCCGACACCACUCACUCAUGCAUCUGAUGAUCAAACGCUGCAAAUGCGAUGAAUGCGACCAAUGCUUCUCAAAUCGGGCCAAACUGUCGGCCCAUAAGUCGCGCGAACACAACGCCCUCAAGAGGUUCGCCUGCGAUUGGCCCGACUGUCGCUUCUCGACCAACGUUAACAAGUGUCUCAUCGAACACAAGCGCACCCACACUGGCGAACGGCCGCACCAUUGCCUGUGGCCCGGCUGUGGCAAAGCCUUCACCCAUAGCUACUCACUGACCACUCACACCCGCAUCCAUACGGGAGAGAAACCAUUCAAAUGCGACCAAAACGAGUGCCACAAAGAGUUCCGCUAUUGGAAUGAUUUGCGACAACACAAGCGAAAGACACACUCUUUAGAUGUCUGA